AUGGCAGCAUCUCGAUCAGUCUCAAUCACGUAUGUCCCGGCGGACUGUGGAUCUAUUAUUCCAGGCAAAUCGAAAGCGCCCCAAGCAUUCAGAGACGUUGGUAUCGUUAGUAGAUUGAAAGAUGCUGGUGUGCCUUCUAUCUUCGAACAUCAUGCCCUUGAGGCGCCAGCAACCUUUUCUGCUACGACGUUCAGCGCAGGCGGUGCACGCAAUGAAGACAUCAAUAUCGCGGUGUGCGAGGCCGUUGAGCGGACUAUCGGCAAUAACUUCAGGGCAACUGGUCAACUUGAUUUCCAGCUGAUUCUCGGCGGCGAGUGCUGUAUGCUACCAGCUAUCCUCUCCGCGUUCUGGAGACAUGCCGACUCGCAGUCUCCGCCUCAACGCGUUGGUCUGAUUUAUAUCGACGCUGAUACCGACCUUACCUCUCCUACAGAUCCAAGCUCUAUUGGCACUUUUGCUGGGAUGAAUAUGGCCCAUCUCGUGCGGUUACCAGGUGCUCUUCCACGCAUGGAGCAGUUCUCUCGUCCAUCAGGCGAACCUGUCUGUGAUGCUUCCAACACUGUCUUUUUCGGCACAAACAUGUCUCUUCCUGGAAACAAACCGGAGCACUUCAAGUAUCUUUUCGACAAAAACUUCAAAGUCGUUAGCUCAGCAUCUGUGGCGAAGGAUCCUGAGCAGCGGGCAAAGGAAACACUCGAGUUUCUGCAAGACAAAGUCGAUAUCAUUAUGGUCCAUUUAGAUGUUGACUCGAUUGAUCCUGGGACAUUUCCUUUGGCAAAUGUUCCCAACUUUACUGGUGUGGAGUUUGAGAAUAUGAUGAGAGCGCUCAAAACAUUACUUGGAAGUGAAAAGGUUGGAGGUCUCACGGUUGCGGAGGUCAACCCAGAUCACGAUCCUGGGCUGAAGAUGACUGAGAGAUUGACUUCUCACAUCGUGGAGAUGCUGGCCGCAAGAAAGCGAAGGUAG